GCUACUACUGCUACUACUACUACUUACCUCCACCUACGUACGAUUACCCCUGACCGCGGCCACCCUCGCGAUUCGACACGAUUCGACACGACACGAUCCUGGCGCCGCAGAGCAUCGCAGCGUAAGGCACUGAAAGGAGGGUGAGCUACAGUACCGUACCUUCUCCACUACCUGGAUCCAGGAAAGAAAGAAGGGGUAUCUACAGUAUAUCGAACGGAGGAAAUCCACCACUCUUCCACGCCCUCAACCACCGCCCUCAACCACACCCACCCACGCACCCACACGAUGAACACCACCACGACGACAACGGAGAUGCUCUCACCGCCGUCGCCGCCGCGGUCCCGCGCGCGGUCACCGCACCGGCACUCCCACCAGACCUCGGGGCGCCCACGGCGCGAGGGCGGCUCCCGUCGACGCUCCGCACCGAACCACAUCCUGACGCCGGGGUCGACAGCCGCGUCCUCGCCCGAGGUGAUCACGUCGCUCGUCGACCAGCUAUCGAAGCUGCAGCCGUCGCCGCUGCACAAUCCGUUCCUGUACGGGUCUUUGGCGCCGCGCGAGGAGAUCGUGGAUGCCGCCAUGGCGUCCGACGACGAGACUGGCGGGUACCUCCACCCCGACGAUGCCGCCAUGGCGCCCGUGGUACGCACGUCGAAGCCCCCCAGUGGCUUCUCGACUCAUACCAAGAAUGAGAGUCUGUCGCAUUCGAGGAGGAGUAGUCAUCACUCUGGCAUCAGUGUCGGGACGAAGGGUGGCGUCGAUAUUCCGUCGUAUGUAAGGACGUAUAUGAACCGUGGGCCAGACCAUGAGCGGCGGCAGAGCAGGGAUUCGAAUGUUAGCGGGCAGAGCGGGGAUAAGAGCGGAAGUGGAAGGUUGAGUGUUGUUUCGUCGAGGGAGAGGAUGCGGAAUGCCGAGGGGAAACGGCCGGUGGCGAGGGCGAGUGCCGGCGGAAAGGAUAUUCCCCAGCGGAGCUCGAGCUAUGGAAAGGGGAGCGACAACCCUCGCUCGCAGCAGGCGAACUUUCCCGACGCCAUUGUGACCACCGCGGCGCCGAUCUACAAGAGUCCGAUCGGCUCCCCGAAUUUUCCGACGACGGCGGAAUUCGACGAUAGCGAGGCGGCGCCACCACCUCCGGAUUUGGCCAAGUACCGGGAGGAGCUGAAGGGAAAGCGCGGAUCCAAGGGUUUUCCGACACGAUCGGAGAGCCUGCCAUCGGGCAAGAUCUCGAAGAGACACAGUGCUGAUGCGAAGGUGAAGGGUACGGUGCUAGACGGGUUCGCGAAGCGCAAGAGUGACAGUCAGUAUGUGCCACCGCAUGGAUACAUCCACAUGACCACGACCACGACCACGACAACCCCGCCACGCCCCUCGUUCCAGGGUAGCACUGCGGACACUCUGCAGCAGGAGCGGCCCGGCUCGGCAGACUCGAUCGAUGAUGCCGUCGACGCGUACCUCUGUUCGCCGCGAUUGAGCCAGAAGAUCCGGAUGCCCACUACCGGCCGGACCAUUUCCUUCAGCGAGGUGGGGGAUCCGCAAGGAUUCGCCGUGUUCGUGUGUGUGGGGAUGGGGUUGACACGGUACGUCACGGCGUUCUACGACGAGCUCGCGCUCACUCUUGGACUGCGUUUGAUCACGCCUGAUCGUCCCGGCGUCGGAGAGUCGGAUUCGAUAGACGAGAACGAGCGCGCGGUUCUGAACUGGCCCGACGAUGUCCUCUACAUCUGCCAGUCGCUCAAGAUCACCAAGUUCUCGAUUCUCGCGCAUUCUGCCGGCGCGAUCUACGCGCUCGCCACCGCGCUCAGAAUGCCCGGCCACAUCAGAGGCAAGAUCCACCUCCUGGCACCGUGGAUCCCCCCGAGCCAAAUGGAAAGCGUCAUCGCCACCGACGAGAACAAAGGCGAGCGGCCGGGCAGCAUUCCAACAAGCCAACGCAUCCUCCGAGCACUCCCCACACCCUUCCUCAAAGCCGCCAACUCCCCGUUCAUGUCCGCCACAUCCAGCUCCCUGACCACGUCCCUCCCGCGCAACAGCGCCCGCCGCACGAAGCGCCGCGCCGCCGCCGCCGCCGCCCCACAAAAAAUCGUCGACCCAUCCGCCGCCAAGGACCGGCCAACCCUAACAACAAACCACCAGCCCAGCGGUAACGGCACCGACCCGCCCGGCGACGACGCGGCCAGCCCCCCAGCACCGGAAGACAUCGAGGCCAGUCUCCUCCUCGCGGCGAUCACCGCCGCCCAGGAGAAAGAGCGCCAAUCCUCAUACGACGAGCGGCUCACAUGCGCCAUCUGGACGCUGUCGACGCGCAACGCCAACCCCGCCGUCGACCUGCUCGUGUGCCUCGAGCGCAACCGGCCCGUCGGGUUCAUGUACGUCGACAUCACGCGCGAGGUGGUGAUCCACCACGGCGCGAAGGACGCGCGCGUCCCGGUCGACAACGUGCGCUGGCUCGGGAAGACGAUGCGGCGCUGCGAGGUCCGCGUGCUGCCCACCGAGGGCCACGGACUCAUGGCCAGCGCUAGCGUCAUGGGCGGCGUCCUCGAGGAGAUCGCGCAAGAGUGGAGGGACUGGAGGAAGGUUGUCGAGGGUCGCCGCGUCGAGGGAGGCCCAGGCGGCAGGGAGAGGAGGUGGGCUGAUUAAUUCUUUUUGCUUCUUCUCUUUCUCGUCUCUUCUUCUGCUUCUGCUUCUCUGAUUCUUCUUCUUCUACUUCUACUUCUUCUUAUUGGACUGCUCGUUUUCUUAUGCGGAUUUUACUAGGGUUAUGGACGAUCUUGAACUUGAACUUGAACUUGGACUUUCUUCUGUGGACCGCCGCUGCUGAGAUGGUCGGUGGUCGGUGGUCGGUGGGGGUGAACACUUGUUGUAGUGGCUCGUUAGUAGAGCAUAUGUGCGUUGUACCUCUGUACCUUAUUUCUCUUCCGUUCCGUUCCUUCCGUUACUUUUCUUUGAUUUUGCGAGCGAGCUUACCUUACCUUAACCUUUUUUUCGUUCUUUUCUUUUUCUUGCGAGAUGUGUGUGCUGAUCAUUCAUUAUAGUGAUACUUACUUGUAGUUGUAGUAGGCAGGCAGGCGGGUGGGCUGGCUGUUGAUGGGGUGGGGGG